AUGAAGUUCACUGAGGACCUGCACAGCAGCUUCCUUUGCGAGCAGAGCACCGGCACUGCCGAGGAGGCAUUGCUGGUGAAACCCGAAAGGGAGGACAGCGAGAGCCCGCUGCCGUGGCUCGGGGUGUUCCCGGGAUCGCUUGGUUUAACUCACGAGUCGCACAAGAAGGACGUGGAGCAGGUCUACCUCCGCUGUUCAGAAGGGUCCAUCGAGUGGAUGUAUCCCACGGGAGCACUCAUCGUCAAUCUGCGCCCCAACACUUCACCUGCCUCGUUCAAGCAUUUGACUGUUUGCAUAAAGCCCUUCAAGGACUCUGCAGGAGCAAAUAUUUAUUUGGAAAAAACUGGAGAACUGAAACUCUUGGUCCGAGAUGGAGAUCGCAGCCCCAGAAAAGUCUAUUGCUUUGGCUAUGACCAGGGGGGGCUGUUUGUUGAGGCUACCCCUCAGCAGGACAUUAGCAGGAAGAUUACAGGUUUCCAGUACGAGUUGAUGAACAAGGGGAUAGCAUCCGAUUUGCACACAGUUUCUGCUCCCUGCCGACCAUGCAGUGACACAGAAGUCCUCUUGGCUGUCUGCACUAGUGAUUUUGUUAUCAGAGGCUCUAUUCAAGACGUGACCAACGAGGAAGAGGAGCAAGAAUCCAUAAUACACGUCGGCGUUAACAAACUUUACAGGCAGAAGAGCAAAGUCUUUCAGCUCACAGGGGAAAGUGGGAACUGGCGAGGACAAAUAAAGACCCUGCUGGAGUGCGGGGUGAGACCAGGAGAUGGAGAUUUCCUCUUCACGGGACGCAUGCACUUUGGGGAAGCCAGGUUAGGCUGUGCCCCUCGUUUCAAAGACUUCCAAAGGAUGUACAAAGAGGCAAAAGACAAAGGGCUAAACCCAUGUGAAAUUGGCCCAGAUUGAAGCCCCCUGUUUGACUGAAGAUCUGUUUUAGCGUUUGGCCGGGAGCGUUUCCUUUCCCUGGACCUGGUCAAUACUCCGAACAAAAUCAGUAACUGAAAGCGUGGACAGAUCAGGAGCGCGGGCCGAGGCCCGCAGGACACAUCUGGAGCCUGCGCUGCUCUUAUACUAAUGGAAGCAACAGAGGUACGAGCUCAGAAGGCUGCCAAGCAAGAAAGGCAAGAUUUUUAACCAAUCUUGUCCUUACGAAUUAAGUUAUUAUAUUUUUUUAGUGUCUUCCUUAGGAAAACAAACAAAGAAAACUUCCAUGUCUUAAUAAAAAAAAAAGAAAACCCAAAUGCAAGCCAACAUGCCUUUAUAUCUUUUUAAUACUAAUUUUUUUUAAAAAAGUCUUAAGCUGAUGUAGCAUUUGGUAUGGUGUAUUCUGUAUAAAUGGCCAACAUUGUGAGAGCACGGUAAACCAUCUGAACAUUGAUGCUUUGUAAAAAGCUUGGUGUACAAUUCAAAGUUGUUUCUUAUGACAGAAAUUUAUGGAGCCAAACUCGUGUGUGUGUGUGUCCUUUU